AUGAAUCCGAAACUUAAAAACGAACCUUCUGUGAAAGCAUCUAAUUCAAGUCUUUCAUAAGCAAUAUAUCACUACUAUAGUUCUCAUUGUCUCAAAAUUGAUCUACUACUAAUGAUGUUUAUAUUUGUUGUUGAUUUAAUAAUUUUUCAAAUAAUAUUCCAACAAAAUGUAAAAUAAAGUCUAAUAGUAGGCUCACGAGACCCCCAAUGCUGAGAGAGUCCAGGCAUACCAAAAUUAAUUAUAAGGAACCAUCGACUAUAGUUUUAAAGUUGGGUAGUCAACCCAAUGUAGGAAGUAAUUAAUUAAGUAAAACCUUCAGAAUUACCACCAAAAGUGUUAUAAUAAAACCCUACGACUGAAGUAAGAAGAAUAAAAAACAAAUCGAUUAGUUAGCAUAUAGGUGGAAAUGGGAUCCAUCAACAAGUGAAUUAUUACAAAUAGCCAAAUAAGCGAAUCAUAUAUGACUCAACAAACUGUUUGAACCCACAAAUCAAUCGUUCAUCCAGUAAUAGAAUCAAGAAAAUCCAUUCAGUCAGUUCUCAAAAUUGUAAAUUGUUUAACUAUAUCAAGAUGAAAGUUUUAUUUAAAAUCUUGAAGAUCACAGUCGAAACAAUAUUGUUUGCAAUGAAGUCACUACCAGCACCGAGUUAAACGAAGGCAAGAGACUAUUUACUGAAAAUAAAGUUGAAGAAGCACUAUAAAAAUUUUAAAAUUACUAAAACAAAUAUGGAUUGCAUCCUGAAGCAUUGUACAUUUCAGGAUUAUGUUACAUGACACUAGAUUAAGAAGAAAAAUAUAUUGAGUAAUUUUCGACUCUAAUAAAGACUUUUCCAAGAUUCAAAAGGACUUCUUAUAUGUAUUUAGCUCUCUCUUUCAAAAAAAAUAAUCUUAUCAAUGAAGCAAUUAAUGUGAUAUCCUAAGGUAUCAAUAAUUUCAACAGAUACUUUGAAGCUCUGAUAUUUAGAGCUAAAUUGUUUUUGAAAAUUAAGAAUUAUGAAAAAGCUAUCAAAGACUUUCAAUCAGCAAUUUAAGUUAAUCCAAAUAAAUCUGUUUGCUACGUUGGAUUAAGUGAUUGUUUUAAGCAACUAAACCAAACUUAGCAGGCUAUUGAAGAGUUGAGUAAGGCACUUAAAUUCGAAGAAUUGUCAAAAUAAAAAUAAAUUCUAUUAAAAAGAUUCACAAUCUAUUUAGACAAUAAAGAAUUCGAGAAAGCAAAAUCAGAUAUUAACCUAUUACUUGAAAUUUGUCCAAAUGAUUCCGAAGUCUACUAUUUUAAAGGAAUUUUGAUGCAAAAGUAGAGUAAUUACUUAAUUUGAUUUUAGAACGUCUAUAAGAUGCUCUUUUGGCAUUUGAAUAGUCGAUUAAGUUCAACAGUGAAAAGAAACCAGUAACGAAAGCUCUCUAUGAGAUAGUGAAAAUAAAGAUUGAAUAAAAUGACUAUUAUUCUGCUUAGCAUGAACUUGAUAGAGCAGCCUAUCUUGAUGUGGAUAAGACAUAAUUAUAGAAGUUUGAACUCUUUGUUGGAGGAGCAAUAUAUUUAAUGAAAAGAAAGUUUGAGGAGGGAACUCACCUAUUGACAGAGAUGAUAACCAAGAAUAAUUAGAGUGACAAUCUUAAAUUUUAAGCACAUCAAUAUCGAGCAUACGGGUACUUUUGUUUGUCAAAGUACAACUUAGCUAACCAGGAUUUAGAAUUAUAUUAAGAAAAUCUGUUGGAGAAAGUAAUUUUAUUAAAAAUUGUAGGCAUCUCUAUAUAAUAAACUACUAUGUCAUGGGAUAAUUAAAUAUGAGGAUAACGAAUUAGAAUAAAGCAAAAGGGAGUUUUUGCAGGCUCAUAAGAUGCUACCAAAUAAGAUGGAACCCUUGUUUUAUUAGGCCAUUAUUUAAAUCAAAAAGUAUUGCUCAAGUCUUGAGAAGAUGAGCGAAGAAAAUAGGAUAAAAUAUUUGAAAGAAGCCUUGGAUUUACUUGAAAGAGCUGCAAAGAUUUGCGAAUAAUCUAACUUACUGUUCUAUAAAGGAAUUUUACAUUUCGCCCUUGGAAAUCUAGACUAAUCUGCAGUGGACUUAGAACAAGCCAUUGAAAAGUCUGAGGAUAACCAAGCACAACAUUAUUAUGUUAGAGGAUUGCUUUAUUGUUAACGUCAACUUUUUAAGCAAGCAGUCAACGAUUUUUCAAUCUGCUUAAGUCUGGAUCAAAAUCAUCCAGAAUCCUACUUUAAUAGAUGCAAACUAUUAACAAUGAUGGGUGAUGUAGCCACAGCCUACUUGGAUCUAUAAAAAUAUAUUGAAUUAAAGGAGUAGUAUUCAAUAAACUAUCAUACUGUAGGAAUUCUAUACUUUUUAAUUGGAGCUUACGAAGAAGCUAUCCAAGCAUUUGCUAAUUGCAAAACUCUUGAAGGGUAAUAUGAGAAAGUCAAAGUAUUAAUUUAUGGAAAAGAAUUGAACUCAGCACUCAAUGAGUUAUCUAUUAUAAUUGAAGAAUUGCAUAGUCAUGAAGCCACGAUUGAUAAAUAAAUGCUAACAAUACUCAAAGAAACUAGUUAAUAAAUAUCUACCAAGAUUCUAGAAGACAGCAUAGCUAACAUAAGUUAAAUCUAAAAAGGUCAAUAGGAAGGGUUGAUAUUCAGAUUGUCUGAUAUCUAUUUUUACAAGGGUUUGUUUUAUACAUAUUUGGGGUAAUACUCUAAAGCAAAAUAAUGUCUUCGCUUUUCAUAUGACUUAAAAGAAAAGGAGAUUAAGAAGUCAAGAAAUACUUAAUUAAUCAAUCAGAACACUCUUGAGGAUUUUGAUUUUACUAAUAAGACUUAUAAUAUAUAUGAGCAUCUCUACAAUUGCGCCAUACUGGAUGUCAUUUUAGGAAAUUUAGAGGAGGCCUUUGAAACCCUCACUUUACUCCAUGAACACUUAACUUAAAUUGAAUUUAGAGUGUAAUUAUAGAUCUUGAUGGAAUUAUUACGUGAUGAUCUGCUGGAAACUCCUUCUGAAGAAGAAUUUUCUAAAAUACAAGAGUUCCAAUUAUUCCCCUAACACAAUCGACUUUGUUCAAUUUAUCCUGCAAUCUAGUUACCUUUGAAAAAAUAUUCUGUGGUAAUCAGGAUGUCAUUCUGUUUACCAAUAGUUGAAUUCCCUUCGUAACCAAUAUUAUUUGAUGAGCAGCUACUUCAAAAGAUAUCUGUAAUUUUAUUCAUUAUUUUUAAAGCCUAAAGUUGUUGAGAAUAAACCAGAAGCUCCUUGGAUUAAAAGGUCGAAUGAAGGAGUGAUAUUUACAGACAACAUUCAGUGCAUUGAUGACCUAGAUCUUCAAUCAACUGUUAGAAAGGAAGAGAACGAAGAAACUGAAUAAGAAAAUAUUAAUCUUUAAAAUGAAGACGACGAGAUUACUAAAUUAAAAGAGAAACUUAAGUUAGACGACUAAAUUGCUAAAAAAUUGAAUUCAAUAUUAUAAUAAAUAGAAGAAUGA